CACAGCAAUGAGCAACCUCACGGAACAGGACUACGACAGUGCCACGCCGGCACUGGAACAGCAAAUGAAUCUGGCCAGGCGAGCCUGCUGGAAGAGUCACUCUUUCGGCAGCAAGGACCUCCCCACGAAAGCAAGUCCUGCCUUGACGAUAGUUAAUCCUGCAAUGCCGGAUCCAAACGAGGCAGAAAAACCACCGAGUGAUGAAAGCAAAACAAAAAUAGAACCAGAAACUAAAGCCAGAAUAACGAAAGCAACCUGCAAUGCCAGCCCGAGUGGGAUUUUCGGUAAACGAGCCAUCCUGCUCCUGGCUCUGUGCCUCCUCCUUGGCCUUUCCCAGGGGAGACCGAACAUGAGUGCCACCGGUGUGACUCCUGGCCAGGACAGUAUUGUGGAUGCGGGUGCGGUCACCCAGCUAAAUCUGGCCCAGCCACCGCCGACAGCCGUUGCCAAGGAUGAUGCACAGCCCACGCCAUCCGAGCCCCCAUCUCACAGACUGCCACGUGCCGAACCGCUCAAGUCCAAUGAUCCGAAUCCGGAGGAGGAGGGGGGUGGCCACAAAAUGGAGAGGUAUCCGCUCUCCAGCGUGGAUUUUGUUCGUGUGAAGACGCCGUUCAUCAUAGGAAUCUGGAUCCUGUCGGCUAGUAUAGCCAAAAUUGGAUUCCAUAUGACGCCCAAGUUGCAUCUAAUAUUUCCGGAGUCGUGCCUGCUGAUUGUCGUGGGUGUGGUGAUUGGUGUGGUUUUAUAUUUCUGCACCGAUGUCGCCGUAUCCCCGCUGACCCCCAACACCUUCUUCUUCUAUAUGCUGCCGCCGAUUAUCCUGGACGCCGGUUACUUUAUGCCCAAUCGAUUGUUCUUCGACAACCUGGGCACCAUUCUGCUGAUGGCGGUGGUCGGAACCAUCUUCAAUAUUGCCACCAUCGGUGGUUCCCUCUACGCCUGUGGCCUCUUUGGCAUUUACGGGGAAAGUGAGACUCCGGGACUGAUGGACGUCUUUUUGUUCGCCUCCCUCAUAUCCGCCGUAGAUCCGGUGGCUGUGCUGGCCGUGUUCGAGGAGAUACAUGUCAACGAGAUCCUGUACAUUGUUGUUUUUGGCGAGUCCUUGCUAAACGAUGCCGUUACGGUUGUCAUGUACCACAUGAUGGAGUCCUACAACGAGAUUGGCUUAGACAAGAUAAUUGCCCAGGACAUAGCCAGUGGAGUGGGGUCCUUCUUUGUGGUUGCCCUAGGAGGCACUGCCAUAGGCAUCAUCUGGGGUUUCCUUACUGGCCUAGUCACACGUUUUACGGAUCAUGUUCGAGUCAUAGAACCCAUUUUCAUUUUCGUGAUGGCCUAUCUGGCCUACCUCAAUGCGGAAAUCUUCCACAUGAGCGGUAUCUUAGCCAUCACAUUCUGUGGCAUCACAAUGAAAAACUAUGUGGAAUCGAAUAUAUCCCAAAAGUCCCACACGACUGUUAAAUAUGCCUUGAAAAUGCUGUCCAGCUCGGCGGAGACCAUUAUCUUUAUGUUCCUAGGCGUGGCCACGGUGAACAAUAUGCACGUAUGGAAUACGUGGUUUGUGGUGCUGACCAUCGCCUUCUGUUCAGUGUUUCGUGUGAUAGGAGUAAUUCUGCUAUCGGCCCUUGCCAAUCGGUUCCGCUUGCAUAAAUUAUCGCGAGUGGAUCAGUUUGUGAUGUCCUAUGGUGGAUUGCGUGGUGCUGUUGCCUUUGCCUUGGUCCUGUUGGUGGAUGAGAAUGUGGUCAAGCAGAAGAACAUGUUUGUUACCACCACAAUAGCUGUGAUCUACUUUACUGUCUUCCUGCAAGGCAUCACCAUCAAGCCGCUGGUGAAGAUCCUGAAUGUGAAGCGAGCCAAUAAACGCAAGCCAACCAUGAACGAGCGUAUUCAUGAAAGAUUCAUGGAUCACUUGAUGGCUGGCAUUGAGGAUAUUGUGGGCAAGACAGGCAACUACAAUGUGCGUGAUAAAUUCAAGCGUUUCGACAAUCGCUUCAUUCGCCCUCUGCUGAUCAGAGAUCUAAAGGGCGCUGAGCCGAAGAUCAUCGAGACCUAUUCCAAACUGACAAUGCGCGAUGCCAUGGAGGUGAUGAGACGAAAUCCCUCCACCAUUGGCCAGAUGACGGGCACCGAGUCGAUGAGCGCCCUGUUCCGGAAUUAUACCAAUAACUAUAUUGGCGGCAGGUGGGCACCGCCAACCAUAUACACCACCUGUCCCAGCCUGACAAAUCUUGACAAUACCUGUUCCCGCAAUCUGGAUAUGGCUGAGCUUGAUUAUAAUCCAUCCAAAAAGGAUCUGACUGAUGCCAAGAUCCACCAUCUCUUGGCCGAAGAACUGAAGCCUUAUAGAAGGGCUUCAAUACAAAUGCACCGUCGUCUUAGUUAUAGCCGACACGCAGUAGAUGACAGAGAUUUGUCCACCCAGGUCAAUUAUAAGAUGCAAAUGAAUUUCCGGCGAAUGUUUAAUGAUCGGAAACAUCACAAGCGCAGCAAACGUGGUGCCAGCAAUAAGGAGCCCAAGGAGAAUGUCAAACAAAAUCAUGUCUCUUUCCAUGAUUUUCAACAGAACGGCACCACCAAGCAGCUCACCAAUGACUAUAUUAACAAUGUGCUUAACGAAACAGCCGAGGAGUGCCAACAGAACCCCAACGAGAUCAAUGUUGUUGGCCCCAGCGACGAUUGGGAUGACGGCCUGACCUUCACCGCCAAAUCAUCACCUGACUCGGAUCGCGCCAAUAACAAUUCCCUGAUAGCCCACAUCCAAAACCUUCCCGGUUUUGAUGCCUCCAAGGCCCGCAUCGUUGUCCAGCACUAUGCGCCCAAGGUGGACGAUAGUCCGGAGCCAGAGUUAGACUCCCCGGAUCCGCCCGUUGGGCCCACGGCGGCCGAGUUGAUAUUGCCUUGGCGGCGGGACCGUUCAUACCAGAGCAUUGUGGCUGAGCAUCCGAUACCCGAAGAGGAUCGCAACCUUUCUCGCGAAUCUGAUGGAGAAAGGCGAGUGGCCACUCCCACAGCUACGGAAUCCCAGCUGCCGUGGAAACGCCAAGGCGAUGAAUGUACGGAUGCAGUGCAGCAGAACGAGUUUCCUGCCUGGGCCUCGAACAAGGAAUACUUGGCCUACAACUCUCCCAGUGCAACAUUCCUAGGUGGUAUAAACAAGCCUAAACAGCCCAAGUCCGUCAUAGGUCUCUUCCGGCGUGAGAGUUCCAGCUCCAAGGCCGGCAGCAUCGGAAUCGGCAGCACGGGUACCGUGGAUGCCGCCGCCAGCAGCGCGGAUCCCAUGGUUGUGCCUUCCUCCCAAGCCAUCCAACCGCCGGCGGUGGGUGGUCUACCGGGUCCAUCGACAUCGAUGCACAAUCCCCGUCUGGACAAGCGUUCGCAGUCGAUAUCCUCCGGUUCGCUGGGCGCCGGAGCCCAUCAACUCGGUCCGGAUGGCCAUUCCGGUCCAUUUCCGGUUACGGCUAGUCAUCGACGGAAUGUGCGCAGAGGCUCCAUGCUGGAGCUCAGUGGACUCAUUGUAACUGGACGCAGGCCCAGUAGAAUUUUGCAAUUUAGUCCAGGAGCAACUAAUUUACUAGAGUCAGCCAAGAUCACAAGUCCUACUCCUCCACCUCCUCCUACUACUACUACUACUUCAACAAGAACAACGAAAACAUCAACAAGUCCAUCUACCACCAAGAACCACACCAACAAUUCAACAGAUACAACAUCAGGCAGUGUGACUUACUCGACGCCAGCCUCCCCGAGAUCGGAGGAUAGCGACACAUACUAUCCAAAUGACACUAUACCCGAGGAGUCGUCGUACCAGCAUGGCCACUCCAAGUCCCUCUGCGAGCCGGCGGAUUCGGAUGACUGGGACGGAGCACCUCUGUCCGCCGCCAGCGGGGCCAACAGCGAGAGAAUGAUGCGGAGCGGGCGGGAACCGCUCCUGCCACGCCCCUCCAACACGCCCCGCGCCCAGAUACGACGCAUGAACGCCGGUGCCGUGGGCGGGGCAGUUGGUAGCCUGGGCGGGCGGAAGAAUCAGGUGACCAAAGCCCUCCUCGACUACGAGGACUCCGAAACGGACUCCGACGAGGAUGAUGACGACGAGGACGAGGAUUUCGAUCUGUACGAUGACGAGAACAUUGUGGUCACCACCUUUACCACGCCAGCAGCUCCGGGCGUAAGGAGACCCGGAUCCAGUCCUGGUUCCGGAUCGGAUGCCACCACCACCACGACGAGCAUCCGACUGACCCGCAACAACGACGAGAGCAUCAUUUGAGUUUCGAGCACGGAUGGCGAUGUGGAGGAGGAUCUGGAGGACGAUUCCCUCCCAGUACCAUCUCGCCAACCGAAGCGAUUGCGCCGGAGGCUGUUCCAGUACGAGAUGUUCUACUAACCCCAUUUGUAUGACUAGUUUGUAAGCCAAAAGUUGGCCAGGAGCUGCUAAAUAGUUUUUCCCCGAAACGGUUUAAAACAAAAAGCUUUAUAAUUAUUAAAAAAUGGAAAACCAAUUCGGACAAAAGUGUAGAUAAAAUAUAGUUGACAAAAAAGAGAAAAUUGUAUAUAAAAAAAAGAAACCAAUUAUGAAUUAUGAACUAAAUGAUUUCUUCUUGAUCGUUUAGGUCGCUUUUUAACUUCCAGUUUGUGUUUAGAGUGCUAGGGUCCCGAGCAAUUGUUAUCCUUAUGUACCAUAUACUUAUAUUAUAUAUACAAACAUAUAUUUAAAACCAAUUAGUGAUUACAGAUGAUGUGUUCCAAAAUAGAAGAAAGAAAAUUGUUUAAAAAUUAACAGCGCAUAGCCAAAGUUCAGAUUAAGCCUUUAACUAACUAACUUUUGUUGUUUUUAGUUUAGGCAAUAUGUACUAAUUUGAGAUCACAUUACUGCAGUGUGUUGCAAUAGGUACUUAAGCGCAGUACUUAGUUCGAUAAAGUAGCAAAAAAAAUCAGAGUUUAGUUAAAUUGUAGCCUUAGUUAAGAGUUAGGUCCUUAGUUUCCUCAUAGCCACAGAGUCAAAGCUAAAAACCUUUAAACAGAAAAUUUUUUCCAAACUGUAACUGAACGAUUUCAGAAGCAAUUUCAUUUGGCAUUUCUGAGAAAGGCUUUCGCUGACCUAAACUAAAAUAAAAUAUAUAGUAUACACAAAUCAAGUAACUAAUAGACGAAAGGUAAAUGGAAAGAGUUAUGUAAUUUAUAAAUUAUUUUUAUAAAAAUUUAUGAACGAUAAUGGUAAUAACUAGAACGAGAGUUUUGUGAA